GGAAGGCGAGAGGUGUCUCCGCCGCCCGAGCCGCGGGAGACUCGGGCCGGCUCUGUGACAGCUCGUCGGCCGCCAUGUCAGCGAGUGGGGCUGGAGACGGACCCGGCGCCCAGCGGUAGCCCUCCUUUCGCCCCCGAUUCCCAGUUUCCAUAUUGGCAGUUUUCUAGAUGUGACUUUUGCAUCCUUUGAACACCUGAGGAAACUCCCCCCAGCCUUUACAGCGCUUCCCACCCCUUUCCCUUAAAACAUGGAAGGACUUUAAUGAAACUUAAAUGGUUCAACAAAAGAUGCUCUAAUGGAUGACAGCAAAACUCCUACAUGUAAUCUGCAGAUAGAACCACAAGAUGGGUGUCAUUCUGGUGACAGCGUGGAAAGUCUAGGAACACACUUGCCUUCUGCAUCAGAUGAAAAUGAAAAUCAACUUGAUGGGGACAGGUAUGAACAUCUGAGCAGCAGUGACAGUGCAAUGGGCAAACCUCGAGUGUCUGAGCAAGACUGUCUCAACAAUAAUGAAAGUUGCACACCUAGCUGUGAGGUGGCUGCAAGUGAAAACUCAGAAAACACUCCUUGUGAAGGCUCCAGAGAUGGACAGGCUUUCUUAGGAAAGGAUAAAAAAAUACCUGGAAAAAGAAGUUCAAGAAGCAAAAGAAGCACAGCUAAGAAGAUACCACAAGGGCUUUCUUCAGGAGAUACGACGCCUUUAAUGCAAGAAAAUAUACUAAGUGCAGCCACACAUGCAAUUAGUGAAGAGUCUGCUGAAAUAAAUGCAAAUGAUCAGCCAGAAGCCCCGAAGCUAGUUCUGCAGUCUCUGUUCUCACUCAUACGAGGUGAAGUUGAGCAAUUGGAUUCAAGAACACUCCCCCUUUGUCUUCAUCAGAUAGCAGAGUCCUAUUUCCAGGAGGAAGACUACGAGAAAGCAAUGAAAUUCAUUCAGCUUGAACGAUUGUAUCAUGAGCAAUUACUUGCAAAUCUCUCUGCCAUUCAAGAACAGUGGGAAACAAAAUGGAAAACUGUACAGCCACAUACAGUUACAUCUCUAAGGAAUUCAGAGAAAGGAUUUAAUGGUGAAGAUUUUGAGCAGCUUACAAAAUUUUGCACAACACAUCAAGAUCCUCUUUUGUCCAAAUAUAAGAUAGCAGCUAUAGAAAAGUCCCUGGGAAGAAAAUGCUUUAUGCAAUUAAAAAUAACUGAAGUUCCAAAGGAAAAAGGAGCUACAGCCAAAGAACCUGAGAGUGCAACUUGUCUUGGCAUGGAAUCAAGUAAAGAAAAUCAGCAUAAAGAAGAGACCCUGGAGAGCGGCCCCUGCUGUAGUCAGGUGGACAGGCAGGCAGAUCCCCAGACCCUUGUGGUAACUUCAGGGAAGGACCACACGGAGGAGCUCUGCAGCGCUGAAGCCAAGCCAGAGGUCGCCGCCCAGCCCUCAGAGCCGGUAGCGCUGAGCAGGCCUGGGUCAGAGUCUUCUGAGAAUGCUUGUGAGGAUGACAGCUGCUUGCUGCUGUCUCAAACAGAAGCCUGCCAAGAUGUGGCCAAAAUUGAAGGUAUCGCUGAAGACCCUAAGGUGUUACUUGCCAGCAACUCGAUGGUAGAGCCUGACAUACCUCCUGUGUUGAUUUCUGACAAUAAAUAUACACAGACUCAAAGAACGGAAUUCCAGUUGCCACUUCAGGAUGCUUCUGAGGCAUUGAUCACAGACCAACAUGAGAACAAUGAACUAAAUGAGCUGCAGCAACCUGAUCUCACUGAUAGUAAUGGAAAAUCACCACCACUGGGGCAGACUGACUCAGAGGACUGUGAGGGUGUACUUUGUGAAAAUGGAGAAGUAUCUGACUUAAGUGCAGCACUACGGGAAGUGUAUAUGGCCCCAGAAGAAAAGAGAGAUAAGGACGACCAGGUCAAUAAAGAAACAGAAGACUAUUUGAACAGCCUUUUAGAAGGAUGCUUAAAGGAUGCUGAAGAUUUCCUUUCAAAUGAAGACAACCAAGAGGAAGACUCUGAUCUCCAAGAUCUUUCUCCUGAAGAAGCAUCCUAUAGUCUGCAGGAGAACCUGCCUUCUGAUGAUACUGGCUGUCUUUCUCUCGAUGAUCUUGCAAAAAGGAUAGAGAUUGCAGAGGUUGUUCCUGCUGAAGGAUUGGUAUCUAUAUUGAAGAAGAGGAAUGAUACUGUAGGGGAUCAUUCUGCCCAGAUGCAACAGAAACCAUCUAAGCGAAGAGUGCGAUUCCAAGAAAUAGACGAUAACUUGGAUCAAGAUGAAGUUGGAGGUGGCUCCUGUAUUUUACUGCUCUUGCUGUGCAUAGCAACAGUUUUCCUGAGCAUUGGAGGAACUGCAUUAUACUGCACUUUUGGUGACAUGGAGUCACCUGUUUGUACAGACUUUGCAGACAACAUGGACUUCUAUUACACUAAACUACUGCAGGGAAUGGCAGAACUUAAACACUGGAUCUACCUCUCCUAGCAGCAUCCAAGUGGGACAGGCAUGCUGGCAGUGAGAAUCAAAGAAUGAAACUUUCUAAACUUUUAUUUCAGGAGUUCUGUAACAUCCUCCCCACAGUGAGGAACCACUGACACCAGAAAUAGCAACUUUAAAUGGCAAUCCGAAGGACUCUUAGAAUAAUUCACACACUGAAGCUAAUGUUCAUCUGAGUAUUGCGGAUGGAAGGAAUGGUCUUUGGAGAGCAUGUCUAUCUUAUCUCCUCCACUGCUUCCUCGUGUAAUGAGCUACACUGAGCAAAAUUAAAAAGGGCAGUGUUGGAACCACACCAUUUUUAGCUACCUUGCCAAUCUAAUGGUAAAAGGACAGUUUGGUUUACAUUUAUUCUUCCAAAGACAUUGCUUCCAUCCUCAGGCAAUAAGCUUGUGUAUCAUCAAAAGGAGUUACCUUAAGAUUCACUGUUGUUUUUUAGUUAACUGUGGGAGCUAUGUAAUUUAGGCUUUGUUCAUUAUUUCCAGAUUCUAUUCCCCAUUCGUGAAAUGGUUGUGUAUGUAUGUGUGUGUGCUUGUGUUUAUGUUUCAGGCUGUCAUCAUAAGCAAAUACCCAACCCAGCAUAAGGAAGAGUAUCUUUAUUCUUUUAACUUGACUAUGAAUGUGCGGGCACAAAUCUUUUAAGAUGACUUAACUGUGGAACAGAUAGAUGAAUUAUGUAAAUCUUGGCCCUAAAUGAGAAACUCUUAACAGAUCUGUCACAAUUAACUUGAUUGGCCAGAAAUUAAUCAUAGACCUGGAGGUUAAAUUCAAGAACUCCCUCCAAGUCCCAGGCAGCCAGGUUCAUCAUGGAUUCACUGCUUCCUGAAAUAUGAUGAAUGCUGGGCUCAAUUCAGCAAAUACUUACAGAGUACCUAUUAUAUUCUGAGAAACCAGAAUACAAAGAUAAAGAAGGUUCCUGCUCUAGAUGUUUUAAUUCUGGUCUUUUGUAAAAUAAUUAAUACUUUGGGACCUAAAAAUAAGUCACCAUAUGUAUAAUUCAGUAUUAACAGAUCAUGCAUUCAGAUGUUUGAAUGUACAUUCAUAUCAUGGGCUUGAUUUAGACCUAUUAAGGGGUCAUUAAGCAAAAAUUCAAUCAUAUUUUAAAUAAGCAAAAGUCUGAUUUUUGUUUAAAUUCCUCAAUUAGGUGGCAUUUUCUUUUCUCAGAUACUGUGGUCUAACAUUUUAGAAAGCCUUGCUUUGGCUUUUUAUAUCAUAAACAACAUUUAAAAAAUAAACCAAACACAUGAAUUAUAGUUUUUUAGCGAGUGAUUAUAUCAUGUUUCUCUGCCAUGAUCAUUAGAAAUGAAAAGGGAAAUUUCACUUUCUAGGUGUUACUGGCUGGUACAGUACUUCCCUUUGUGUUUCUGCUUAUUUAUUUAGAUUAUAUAAAUUUUAAAGGGCUUUUUCUAUAAGUUGAAAGUGUGUUUUUGAGCAUGCAUUUGGUUACCCCAAUUGUAGAUAUUUAAUUACUAUGUACUUAUUUGAUUUUCUAUAAUUUCAGCUCAGUGUGUUUUUAGGCUUGUUUAUUUUUAAAUUGAUAUUUUGUUUUCGCUUAUAAUACUGUUUGAUUUGUCUCUAUCAUGUCAUGAUAAACUAAUAUUUUCAAGGAUUAUAGAUUGAAGAUAUUUAUUUAGAAGCAUACAAGAUACUGAAAUUUAGAUUCCUUAUACUUAAGGCUGAUUUUAUUAGAAGAUUAUUUUAAUGUUCUAUUAUAAAUUUUAAGAAUUUGUAUUCAGAUUGUAUGUAAAAUAUGUAAAAUGUCAUGGUACUAUCUAUCUGAUGUGGUUCUAUAAAACACAUUCACAAAACCUGUGAGGAGCAUCCCCAUCAUAGGCAAACCUCUUCUGUUUUACCCUCAUGAUUUCUAGUUACAGGAACCCGAUGGUGAUUUCUACUGACUUUAUGUCAAGAUACGUUAGAAUUUCCCUCCUGUUCACCUCUUUUAGAUCACUAUCAAAGUCCUAAAUACUCUAUAAUGUCCUAUUCUCUUAUAGGUCACUAAGGCCAUCACUUCUGACACCAAUUUCCUGGCAACCUUCACACUGAGAUGAAAGGAUUAAGAUAAUACUUUGGUACUCAGGGGCCCAGCUGAGUCCUAGAAAACCCUUGUGUGUCCUCACCACUUCCCAGGCAGGGCAAGGUGCACUCAGGAUGUGAGUCAAGACACACUGAUGUCUUGACUUAAAAUAGGCAUGAAAUCUCAACUAGGAAAAGUAGGGCGGCUUUUAAAAUUUUAGGUCAUUUAUUGCAUGAAUUGGAGUAAUUCCUUCUGGUGAUGAAAGAAAUGUUAUCUCAUGCAUAAAAAAUUCAUUCAGUCUUACUAUCAUGUAAUUUUUUUGGUCAUUUGAAAGUACUGACAAGUAUCUGUAACUAAUCUUCCUUAAGAACUGUAUUUCAGGGUAACAGAUCAAGCUUGUGAUUUAAAAUCUACACCAAAAAAGUGCAUGAGACAGUUUAUUUGAACUCAUUGGUACUGCAAAAAACUUCUUUAAAGUGAAAAAAAAAUAAUUUUAGAAGAUGGUCUGGCCCCACAAUGGCCAUUUAUUUUGGGAAGUCUGAUAGGUCUCUAACCCCCAGUCAGUCUGACACACAGUAACUAAAAUUGCCCUAAAAAUCCAUUCCUUUAGAUUAAAAAUCAAAAUCCUCUGAAAAUUUUACUUUAUAGAAUUGUGCAUUUGUGUAUUAUCUGUGUAUUUUCUGAAAGGAACUGAAAUUUGAAGGUGGGCCUUAUUUUGAAAGGACAGGUGUGAGUUGGGUCCUGUUAGAGUGGCAGGAGUGGAGAAGGGGUAAGAAUAGAUAAGUAAAAGAGAGAAAGUGGGUAAAACACAAUGAAACACUUGAGUUAGUUACCUGUUGCUAAAGCUGCUUUGUGGCAUUUAUUCUCAGUACAGAGUGAAACUGAAUUAUUGUGUCUGUCUACUGGCAUCACCUACAAUCCUCUUUUCUCUGGGCUCAGUUAACGUUAACUCACCCUUUUAUACUUCUCUAUGCUGUGUAAACUGUUUUCACAUUUAGUUGAUGCUUACAUGAGUAAACCCAAAUCCUCAAAUCCAGGUCUGAUAACUCCCAAGUUCAUCACACUUGCCUUUCUAUCAUGUCGCCAUUCCAUCCUUAGAAAGAAUGAGUGAUUCUAGAGUUUGUGUCUUCUGUUUUAACAUCCUGAAAGAUAAACAUGUAUUGAGUCUCAUGAACUAACCAAAUCUUGUAAAAGUUACUGUGCGUUAAAAUUUUCCAUAAACAUAACGCUAUUUCAAUCUCCUUGGGUUUAGUCGACUGAGAGAAAAAUAUGGUAACCUAUGGGGCAUCUCUUCUCCCUGGUUUUAAGAAGUCACUCCAAACCCAAAUAUUUUGUCUGUUGCCCUAAGGUCAGUGCAGAACCAUGAGCAAUAGCGUUUAUCACUGUCUGUACCCUGACAAAAAUUUGAAUGCCAGUGGUUUAUCUUGCACUGAGCUGAGUGCUAGGACUCCAAAAACAAGAAAUGGUACCAGCUUAAAGAAGAUAACAUCUGGUGAAAUAAAUGUGUAUGGGAAGGGGUAGUAAAAACCAAGAAAUCAGAGAUCAUGCUACUUAUGGGGGUGGAAACGUGAGUUCAUUUUUUCCUACCAGGUGUCAUGCACUAUUUGAAAUAAAGAUAAAAUUCUAUUCCUAGCAACUUGAUAAACAGUCAUUUUUUUCCUCACAUCUAAAUUUCUAGUAAUUAUUUUCACUUCUA